AUGUUCUGGUCUCAAAAGUUCAACCCGUUGACCGACCUCGAAGACCUCUCUGGCAAAGUAAUUAUCGUGACUGGUGGAAACAAAGGGAUCGGUUAUGCCACAGUUAAACACCUUGCUCGCCGCGGUGCUAAAGUUUACCUGGGCACGUGGACCAAGGAGAAAGGUGCAAAACCAUCGCUAAAUUGA